GGAUUCCAGCUCAAACCGCACAAAACUUGGCUACCAAUGGUAACCACACCCCCCUAUUGAAGCAAAUGGUUAGGCCGAUAUGGGGAUUUUGACAGACGUUUGCAGCGACUAGCCUACUACCGACUCAAGACUGCCCUAGCAACCCGGUGGAUGAGCCAACCAUAACCGUGUAAAACUCGAGACUCUGCGGCUACUGGGGACAGGAAACGACAGAGAUCAGAGAGAGAGCUGCGGAACAGUGUGGCUGGCUGGCGGUACAAUACAGCGUUAUAACAAGUAUGGUACUUGGUAUGGUACGUAUGGUACUUUCAAGGCACGGUAGCGGGAAUGGAGGAUUUGUGGAAUAACGAUUUGAACACUGGGACAGGUUCGGCGUGAGCGGCAAGCUUUGAUGUUACAGUGGAACACACUGUAGAUGUAAGCUAAUUUGUAUAAUUGUUUAUGUUACAUUGUGUUGUCACUUUCGUUGGCAAAGUUGAUAUUUGUAGCUUUCAUUCAAAUUCCUAUUUUAGGAGACUUCAAAUCUGUGUUUGAUGCAUUUAUUCUAAAUGGAUAGAGUUCCCAGAUAUUAAUUAUGACUGAUAAUAUAAGGCUAUCCACUGGAUGAACUGUCAAAGAACACCAGAUUCAACUUGACUCGCUUCUUUGCUACUUUAAUUCGUGCGUCACACAGCUCAAAUCUUGAGUUGGAAGAGAAAUAAAAGUGAUUGAACAGUCUUGUACAAGUUGUUCCAUGAUGGAACAUAAUCAUUCUUCACCGCGAGGAUGAACCACAGAACCAGCCCCGUCAAGGCUUACGAUUUUCUGCUUAAGUUUCUCCUGGUGGGAGACAGCGAUGUGGGAAAGGGGGAGAUACUGGCGAGCCUCCAGGACGGAGCCAGCGAGUCUCCGUAUGGCUACAACAUGGGAAUCGACUACAAGACGACAACGAUACUCCUAGACGGAAGAAGAGUCAAGCUGCAGCUCUGGGACACCUCUGGCCAGGGGCGCUUCUGCACCAUCUUCCGCUCUUACUCCAGAGGAGCGCAGGGUGUGAUCUUGGUCUAUGACAUCACCAACCGAUGGUCAUUUGAUGGUAUUGACAGAUGGAUUAAGGAGAUAGAUGAGCAUGCACCGGGAGUGCCUAAGAUCCUGGUGGGGAACCGGUUACACCUGGCCUACAAACGCCAGGUGACCACAGAGCAGGCCCAGGUGUACGCCGAGAGGUUAGGGGUCACCUUCUUUGAGGUCAGCCCGCUGUGCAACUUUAAUAUCACAGAGUCCUUCACAGAGCUGGCCAGGAUAGUCUUAAUGAGGCAUGGCAUGGAGAGACUCUGGAGGCCUAUCAAAGUUCUGAGUCUUCAGGACCUGUGCUGUCGUUCCAUCGUGUCCUGCACCCCUGUCCACCUUGUUGACAAGCUUCCUCUCCCCCUGGCUCUCAAGUCCCACCUCAAGUCUUUCUCCAUGGCCAACGGCCUCAAUGCCCGCAUGAUGCACGGACGGUCCUACUCCGUCACCACCACUGCUGCCAACACCACCCACAUCGCCACCAAGAGGACCGGAUGCCAGCUGCUGAAAAAUAAAAAACUCUUCCGUCCUCCACCGCUCAGCCCGGCGGCCGAACAGAGCUGCACUGGCAAGAGCUGCAAGAUCUCCUAGCAACCAGUUGAAACAGGAAGAGAAAGUCCUUGGGGAAGAAGGUUGUCAUCACAUGAACAGGAAGUGCAGCCAAAGAUGGUGGAUAAAUUAAGAUGAACACCGAAGCUGUUUACAGGGACUGGAUGUUCCAGGCCUCCAGACGCACAACAGUCUCCAACAGGCACUCACAGGAGCUCCAUGGUGGGACAAAGAUGGGGAAGGAACAUGUCACGCUCAGAGAUUUUGGAUUAGCGCUAUGGGUCACUGACCAUGGAACCAGAAGGAAGUUUUGAUGCCAGAUCAUAUGUGAGCCAUAUGACUAUAUUCCAAUUACUCUUUAAAUUAAUUUGGUCAUUUGUAUUUUGGCCUGAACUACAAUAUAAUGUAUUUUGUAACAAGAUACUUUCGAGACCUGUAAUUUGUAUUUUCAAAAUACAAAAUACAUUUCUAUACCAUUUUCUUUAUAGUGGUUCACAAUUUCGUGGCCUCCUUUCACCCUGCAUUGGUAUCAGAAGUUUGAUGGCAGUAUGGUGUGAUAAGAGUGUCUCUUAACUGACGAAAUGUAAAAAUUAGUAUUAUUGGGUAUUAUUCUAAUGAGCUCCGUCUCUGAAACGAGGCCAAUAAUCACAAUAAUAAUAAUACUCGGUGUACUUUGCAAUUGUUUAUUUUUACAUUUACAUUUUGGUCAUUUAGCAUUCAACUAAGGUAGAUAAACAACCACAUAUCACAUCAAUGGUAAAAGUUUUUUGUUGUUGUUACAGUUACUGAGAAUGUUGUUGUAGUGAAGGUGUAUACUUGCAAAUAUAUUUUGUAUUUUAGUUUGAUACAUUGGUCUUUAGAGUAUCUUGUAUUUAGAACAAUAAACAUUUGAUGUAUCUUU